CUCACCCUGGGGAGGGGGGGGCUCUGUUCCCCCACCCUGAAGCCACAAGGCCAGGCCAAGCCCUCCCUGCCGCUCAGAUGGGGAAACUGAGGUCCCGGGUCUGCUGGAGACUUCCCAGAGCCAGGAGGCCGCUGUGAUUCUGACACGGGUCCCCCCAGGCCCAGGACGGAACCCCCUCCUUUCUGAUCGGGAGGGGGCCUGGCCAAGGCCCUCCAGGCUGGGAAGGCUGGGCGCCACAGGUCCAGCCACGCGAUGGGAGAAGGAAGAAGCAGGCGCCCGCAGAGGUAGUGGGGCGCCCGUCUCAGAGGUGUCACGCCAGCCCCCCUGGCCCUCGCCAUGCGGACCCCGCGAGCGCCCCCUCCCCACCUGGCCCUGCUGCUGCUGCUGCUCCUGGGGGUGGCCCACGGCCUCUUCCCGGAGGAACCUCCGCCCCUCAGCGUGGCCCCCCGGGAUUAUCUGAGCCACUACCCCGUGUUCGUGGGCAGCGGGCCAGGGCGCCUGACCCCCACCGAGGGCGCCGACGACCUCAACAUCCAGCGGGUGCUGCGUGUGAACAGGACGCUGUUUAUUGGGGACAGAGACAACCUGUACCGGGUGGAGCUCGAGCCCCCCACUUCCACGGAGCUGCGGUACCAGCGGAAGCUGACCUGGCGUUCCAACCCUAACGACAUUGACGUGUGCAGAAUGAAGGGCAAGCAGGAGGGCGAGUGCAGGAACUUUGUGAAGGUGCUGCUGCUCCGGGAUGAGUCCACGCUAUUCGUGUGCGGCUCCAACGCCUUCAAUCCCGUGUGUGCCAAUUACAGUAUGGACACACUGCAGCCUCUGGGGGACAACAUCAGCGGUAUGGCCCGGUGCCCAUAUGACCCCAAGCACGCCAAUGUUGCCCUCUUCUCGGAUGGAAUGCUUUUCUCAGCCACGGUGACCGACUUCCUAGCCAUCGAUGCUGUCAUCUACCGCAGCCUUGGGGACCGGCCCACCCUGCGCACUGUAAAACACGACUCCAAGUGGUUCAAAGAGCCCUACUUUGUCCAUGCGGUGGAGUGGGGCAGCCACGUCUACUUCUUCUUCCGGGAAAUCGCCAUGGAGUUUAACUACCUGGAGAAGGUGGUGGUGUCCCGCGUGGCCCGAGUGUGCAAGAACGAUGUGGGGGGCUCCCCGCGUGUGCUAGAGAAGCAGUGGACGUCAUUCCUGAAGGCGCGGCUCAACUGCUCUGUGCCAGGGGACUCCCACUUCUACUUCAACGUGCUGCAGGCUGUGACGGGGGUGGUCAGCCUGGGGGGCCGGCCUGUCAUCCUGGCUGUCUUCUCUACUCCCAGCAACAGCAUCCCGGGCUCUGCGGUCUGUGCCUUCGACAUGACCCAGGUGGCCGCGGUGUUUGAAGGCCGCUUCCGCGAGCAGAAGUCCCCAGAGUCCAUCUGGACGCCGGUGCCAGAAGAGCAGGUGCCCAGGCCGAGGCCCGGCUGCUGCGCGGCGCCCGGCUCGCAGUACAACGCGUCCAGCGCGCUGCCCGACGACAUCCUCAACUUCGUCAAGACGCACCCGCUGAUGGACGAGGCGGUGCCUUCGCUGGGCCACGCCCCCUGGAUCGUGCGCACUCUGAUGCGGCAUCCGCUAACCCGGGUGGCUGUGGACGUGGGCGCCGGGCCCUGGGGCAACCAGACGGUGGUCUUCCUGGGCUCUGAGGUAGGCACGGUCCUCAAGUUCCUGGUCCGGCCCAAUGCCAGCCACUCGGGGACCGCGGGACCCAGUGUCUUGUUGGAGGAGUUUGAGACCUACCGGCCGGACAGGUGCGGACGACCCGGCAGCAGUGGAGAGACGGGGCAGCGCCUGCUGAGCCUGGAGCUGGACGCGGCCUCGGGCGGCCUGCUGGCGGCCUUCCCUCGCUGCGUGGUGCGCGUGCCUGUGGCCCGCUGUCAGCAGUACUCAGGGUGCAUGAAGAACUGUAUCGGCAGCCAGGACCCCUACUGUGGAUGGGCCCCGGACGGCUCUUGCAUUUUCCUCAGUCCAGGAACCAGAGCCACCUUUGAGCAGGACGUGUCCGGGGCCAGCACAUCAGGUUUAGGGGAUUGCACAGGUUAA